AAUUGAGGGGGGGUAGAGGAACAGGUAGUCAAGGGAGUCAGAGUUGAAACCAAGGAAGAUGCAGGGAAGUGUGCGAGAUGUCGCGUUACCCGCGGAAAGACAGGAGCCUUCCCUCGGUUAACACAGCAGCCAAAGAAGUGGUGAGUGGAAGAAAGAGAAGAAUUGGUAGAUUGGUUAUACAAGAAAGCAUAGGCUGGACAAAAGGGAGGUACAGUAGAAUACUGUAAUAGUUUGGGAAUGUGCAAAUCGAGGGAGGAGGAAUUGGAAUGUUGGAGUGUCGAGGCGCGAGCAGGAACAGGGUGGAGUGCGUCAGCAAGGGGCUAAUCUGACGAGAAGCUGGGCCAAGAGCAAUCUCAGUUUUCGAGGGGAUAACGAGAAGGGAGAAGAAGGAGAGAGAGGUGGACGUGUAAAUAGGAGGCGACUCAGUAGGACCAUUGCUUUUCGCUUGUAUGUUUUCCUUCUAUAUUGCAAUUUGCUCUAAUCCUACUGGAGUCUAGGAGUGCGGGAAUUCGAUCUUAAGUAGAUCCGAGUAGGCGGCGGGCGGCUUGUAACAUACAAGCGAAAAGGGCGACCGCGCGACCGCUGAGGAUAAUGGUUCACUAGCGGUGUGACGAAGACAAGCUGCGGGCUGAGGAGGGGCGGACCGCAGGCAGUGAUGAGUCGAGAGACGAGUCCCGAGGGACAUCGCCUCAGAUCGGGAAUCAGAUACCCAUCGAGGAACGGCCCCAUGAGCCCGAGAGACAUGAAGCGUUGGCUUCAGCGGCUACUAGCGAAAAAGGUGGAGAGGACGUCGGAUCGCCAGAUCCGCGGAGUCGUGGAGGUUCGGGUAUGAGUUCGCGAGGAGGAACGCCAGUACGCGUAGAAAGAUCGCAGGAGCGAGCAGAGAUGGAAAAAGGGAAAGAGCAGCCAAGAGAGCGCGGGACUAGAUCCCUAGAAGAUCGAGCGGCUGGAGGCUACUCUGCAAGAGAAGGAGGAAGGGCGAAUUCGUGGGAAGCGGACGGUCGACAGUCGCGAGUGUACCGAAGAUAGAAGUGCCCGAGCGAUUUUCAGGCGUGCCGGGGGAAGAACCAUCGUUGAAGAAUUACAUCAUGUUGAUAGAUGAUAUCCGCUAUUGCUGGGAUCGAGAGGGGCUAGAUCCAGUAGAAUUCUUUCGAGGACUAGGAAAGACACUCCGAGGAGAGGCGCAGACGCACUAUCGAGUAGAGAGGGCAAGGCUGCUGCGAGAGUAUGAGCAGGGAGAACUUCCGCCCCGCAAGAUCGUAGAUCGGUUCUACGAGAUUAUGAAAGAGCAGUUUCCUGGCGACACGGCCGAUCGUGUAGCUGAAUUUAGUGAGUUCCGUAGAGGGAAGGGCGAAUCACUGCUGGCAUAUUAUAACCGUUUAGUAGAGCUAUCUGAAGAUCUUAACUGCCUGGAGGACCGUCUUAUGGUGACGAAAUUCUUAGGAGGAUUGGAAGAAGAUUUAGUCAACGAGAUGAGGAGUGCGCUGUAUCCUAUUCGGGCCAAGGCCACGCUGAGGCAGGUAUAUCAGAUCGCCAAAGAAGCUGAGGAAGGGAGACGCUAUGUGGACAUGAUGAGGGGAGCUCGAAGAUCCACAGAGAAGAGAAGACCGGUAUGGUGAGCCACAGAAGUACGGCGACUGGAAGAAGAGAGGAGGGAGAGGCCGAGAGACGAUCUGCGCUGUCACAAGUGUGGGGAGGUGGGCCACCUGCGCAAGGAUUGCGUGAUGGGUAUCACGUGCGACCACUGCGGGCAGAUGGGCCACUUCAGGAGGAACUGCCCCAGAGCUCCCACCUGCAACGAAUGUGGAAAGAAGGGACAUCUUAGCACCUAGUGCUACAGGAGUGGAGGACAGAGGGGGAAAUCGUUGCGAGAACAAGAGCUGGAGCAGGAGGUGAAGAAACUGAGAGCGCAACUGGGAAAAGCGGAAACCAGCGAAGAUCCGGAGAAAGCGAUGAUGGCGUGGGAGGACGAAGAUGGAGAUGAGGAAGAAGAUCAGGAGUCCGAGUAUGCGCUGGUGGCGACACUACCCCAAGAAAGAGAAGAUCUGGGACUGCGGAGCGGUGGGAUGGAUGGGAGGAAAGAGCAUAAGGCGAGGACACGCAGCAGGAAGAUAGGAAAGGAAGAGGAAGAAGUAAGGGAGCGGGCCAAUUGCAUCCGGAGGACAGGCUGGUGUGCCACACGACCGCUUUACUGGCGGAAGCCGGCUCCAUAGCCGUACAAGGUGUGAAGGUAGAGAAUGCCAUCAUCGAUACAGGAGCGCAGAGUGUACUGAUGGGGAGGAAACUAGCGGAGUGCUUACAGAAGCAAGGGAAGCUGGAGACGGUGAGCAAGGGAAUGCUAAUCAUCACGGCGGAGGGCGGGCCACCAAAGUGGAUGCCAAGCACGAAGGAGCCGGUGGAGGUGGUGCUGCUGCCAGGACAGAAGGGGGAGACACGGAUUCGAGUGCAAUGCGGGCUGUCCGAGUCCGAAGACUAUGACUUGCUGGUGGGGAUGGAGCUGAUUUACAAGAUAGGGGCGCAAAUUGAUGCAUGGGGAGAGAAGCUGAGCUUCAGAACCGAAUACUGGAGAGAAGGCGGAGAACAGGGAGAGUUGCCGGUGCGGUUUGUGAAGAUGGAGCCAAAGAAGGCCCUGAGAGCCACGGAGUCACUACAAAAGGCAAAGGAGGAGAAAAUGGCAGGGGGCAAGAAAGCGGCAGAGAAAGACAGGAUGGAAUCACUCAGGCAGCCGAAGGGAGCAACACUGGGAGAGAAGCCGAUUACGAUAGUGGAGCUUUUUGGAGGAAUUGGAGCGGGGUUGGCAGCGGCGCUAGAAGCCGGAUUGGUCGUGCAAAAGUGGAUACUAGUGGAGAUAGACCCAAAGGCCCGGCGCAUGGCCUGGCAUCAUGCAGACCAAUUGCCGAUGAGAUACCCGGGGCAAAUAAGUAAGGCCGUGAUUGAGGAGGCGAAAAAGGAAGGAGCGUGGGACAUAAGACAGUUGAACGAAGCAACCGUAUGGGGAUGGGGUCAAGUGGACCUGGUAGUGGCGGGCUGGGAGUGCCAAGGCACCUCGAGAGCCGGAAAAGGGCGAGGAAUGGGAGAUGCUCGCACGGCGUUACUGGAUGAACUCCUGCAAGUGCUGAAGUGGAUCCAGGAAGGGGGAUCGAGAUGCUGCUAUGUGGUGGAACACGUCGACAUGGAAGGGGACCCGCGAGAACCAAUAAGGGCAACUCAGGAGAAGGUGGUAGCGGAGCUGGGGGCAGGCGUAAGUUGGGAUGCAGCACUGAACAACUGUAGUGCAACAAGCUGGGCGAGCCGAGAAGGGCCUGGCCCACCUUAGUGGCCUACGAGGGAGCACGUGGGUUCGUGCUGGAAGACGGCAAGCCAGGUCCAGGGAUGGUCUAUGACCGAGAGAGAGGGCAGUGGGAGGAGCCGACAGCAAUUGAGCGAGAGUUAGCUAUGGGAUACUUACCGGGGGCAACUGCAGCACGAGGGGUGAGGGAGCAAGAGCUCAGAGCCGCCCUGGGAAGAGCAAUGGAUCAACAUGCCUUACAGUGGCUGCUGAAGGAAAUGAUACAGCAGCGACACGAACGAGAGCCGAGCCGACGGCCAGCGGAAGGGGGAAGUAAGCCGAUCAAACCAAGCUGGGCUUACCUGACGCAAGCAGAAAAGCAGGGCGAGGCGAUGGACAAGAAAAAGGGGGAGGAGCCAACGAAGGAGAAGGAGAAAAAGUGGGAAUUGAGCCCGGACCUUGACAGCAAGGUAGCAGCAGCGAUACAGCAAAGUCUUAGAAAAUCAUCGCAAGACAUUCGCCUACACCUUGCACGACCUGGGAAAGUGUACGCUGCAAGAGCUGGAGCUACUGCUGGAGACCGAGGUGCCCAUCUACCAGCGGAGACGACGGAUGAGUCCGGGAGAUGAAGAGAUUUGCCGAAGCAAAUGCAGAGAACUACUGGAUGCGGGGCUGAUACGACCUUCUAACUCAGCCUACGCGGCAGCAACAGUGGUAGCAGCAAGGACAGAUCUCACAGGAGAGGUGCUAGCGAGAAGAAUGUGCGGUGACUACCGAGAAAUCAAUCGAGUAACGAGAGCCGACCGAUAUAGCAUGCCAACUGCAGAGGAGAUCUUUGACAGGCUAGAAGGCGCGGUCAUAUUCUCCACUU